GUGUAGUAACGUCAACGUCGCCAAUAAUAGCACAAGCUUUUCGCUGAUUGUUAUUUUUAUUUAAAUAAUAUGUGAUUAAUUUUUUUAGUUUGUUGAUACUUAUGUUGAAGAUGUACUCUUUGUUGCUAUACAAAAUUUUAGAAAAUGGAAUUUUAAUUUAAAUAAACAACAAAUGGUUUCAUUAAAACUAUUAUGUGAUGAAAACAGUAUCAUCACUGUGCUGUUACACAGCCAAUACUAAUGUCUGAUUGUCAUAGAGUUCAUCAAGAAUAUUAUCGAAUGGCAUUUCCUCAAAGUUUUUUACACAUCCGUUGAUUUGUUCAUCCGCAAAUUCCAUCAUGAGUUCAUUAGAGAUUUUAAUUUAAUUAUUUAUUUAAAUCUUACUGAGUUGGAAUUAUUGUGAUUCUUAAUAGAAUGAAGAAAUCAACUAAAGUAGUUGAAUAAAAUUAAAAGACAGAUAAAACGAUCUCUUUUCUAAAUACUACGACUGUGAUGCAAAAAUCUUCGAAGAAAAUAAUUUUUAAAAAUUUAUCAUGACAAAAAAAAAGUUGUUAUCGCGACUAAAAAGAAUAUGAAGAAAUUAAAGUAUUCCAAACUCACCGAGUGCCUUAAAAAAAGACCAGUAAUUACAAUGCUGUUAUUUCCGUGUGUCCUGAUUUUAACCCUUUAUUAUGUAUCUAACAAGUAUCUUGUUCUCGAUGAUUUACCGGAGUAUAAGAUAGCCAACAAUCCUGAAGAAGAAAUUGUUGAUGGUUACCUUGUAUGGAACUCCAAGUGCCAUAUGUUAUCUUAUAAUCCAAUGGACUCUAGUAUACGUAAAUUUGUAUGGAAAAGAAAAUUUGAAGCUUGUUCAACAUAUCCUCUAUUAACUUUUAUAGCUAAAGAUGCCAAUGAUACUUUUUCCAUUGUAAUUAAUUCCGAAGCAGCCAAAAAUUAUCAUAAUUUCCAAUGCUGUUGGUCUUCAAUUGAAAGAGUUCAGCCUAGUCAUCCUCCCACUGGUGAAUGGGAUACAAAUAUUAAAGUAGGACCAUGUGAGAAUUUUGAGAAGCAAGCAGUAUUGCCUUCAGAAAUAGAGAUUAUUUUGGUUACUUGCAAAUCAAAAAGCCAUCCUAAGAAAAAAAAACCUAGUACUGUGUACGAGAAUAUCCAUGCCAUAGUUAACCCUGCCAAAGUUCAGGAGCAAAUAAAUGUAACAGAAGAAUCAAGAAAUGAUGAUUCACCUGAUAAUAAAAAAAUAAGUGUCUUAGUUCUUGGUUUAGAUAGUGUGUCACGGUUAAAUUUUCUACGAAGUAUGCCAAGAACUGAAAAAUAUUUACGAAAUACUGGUUGGUUUCAUUUAAAAGGAUACAAUAAAAUGGGUGACAAUACAUUUCCAAACCUAAUGGCAAUUCUUACUGGCCAAAAUAGUACUUCUGCCUAUUCUAAUUGUAAACCAAAGGAAGCAUAUGGCCUUGAUAACUGUCCAUUUCUUUGGAAUAAUUUUAAAAAAGCAGGAUAUAUUACUGCAUAUGGAGAAGAUGAUGCUCAUCUGAGUACAUUCAAUUAUCUAAAAGUAGGAUUUGUAGAUCCUCCAACAAAUUAUUAUCUCCGACCUUACGUUUGGGCAACAGAAAAAUUGCUAAAAGCCAAAUAUAAAUAUAAUGCCAAGUAUUGUACAGGACCAGAGCUUGCCAUUGAUAGAAUAUACAAUUAUGCUGUAGAGUUUGCUCAAACUUUUCUAGAUCUACCUUAUUUCGCAUUUUUUUGGACUAAUACUGUUACACACAAUGAUGUCAAUGGAAUUUCCUCUUUAGAUGACUAUUUUUUGAAAAAAUUAAAAAAGCUAGAGAAGAUUGGAGUGUUUAAUAAUACUCUAGUAAUUUUUUUAAGUGAUCAUGGAAUGAGAUGGGGUGAGAUAAGAAAUACAUUUGUGGGUUGGUAUGAAGAGAGGUUGCCUUUUCUUUAUUUAAGGAUUCCAGACUGGUUGAGAGAAGAUUCCAAAGUAGUUCAAGCAUUGAAGAGUAAUGAACAUAGAUUAACUUCACCUUAUGAUAUAUACGAAACAUUUCGAGAUAUUUUAACACAUGUUGGUGGUGAAGCAUUUCCUAGUUCUGGUUGUCCAAAAUGUCAAAGUCUUUUUCAACCUGUGCCAGUUGAAAGAAGCUGUGAAGAUGCUGGUAUUUCACCUCAUUGGUGUACGUGCACUGGAUUCCUACCAGAAGAUCCUGAAAGUAAAGUAGCAUUAGCAGGUGCACAAACAUUUAUAGAUUAUAUAGAGAAUGUAAUUAAAGACUUCAAAGACAAGAAAGGCCGGCGUAUUUGUGCCAAAUUAAAACUGAAGAGAAUUUAUAGGGUUGAUAAAAUUCUUAAUUUGGAUAACAUUACAAUAGCAGAUGAUGUAGAGAAAUAUUCUUAUCUUAUUGAACUUUCACCAGGAGGUGGAUUAUUCGAAACUACUGUUGAAAUUGACAAGGAUGGGCGUUCACGAAUGUCUGAAGAAGAAGUCAGCAGAAUAAAUUCUUAUGCUAAAGACGCCAAGUGUCUAGAUAAUGGCUUUAAAAAGUAUUGUUAUUGUUUAGGUUGAUGAUGAUUUUAAUGAUAGAUUGAAUUGUUUUAAAAAUGAAAAAUCUGAGAUAUUAUUAAAUAAGAGAUUAAAUUGUGUGACAUAUCAAAAAAAAAAUGUUGGUGAUAUGUAUUAUAGUAUGCAUUGUAAAAAAAGUUCAUAGUUAAAACCUAAUUUUGUAGGUUGAAUAUACUUUUAUUAAACAAAAGAAAAAAUUUUAUAGUGAGAGUGCCAAUAAUUUAAUUACUCAGAUAUAAUUAUUGGAAAAUUGAAUUUUUAUGACAAUUAAAGUGAUUGAUAACGAUCAUGUAUUCCCAACUAAAAAGUGAUUCUUUUACCAGUAGUGGGAAACAUCGAUUGUAAACAUAAAAUAUCAAUGUCAUAUUUCAUUCAUUUUCUUUACAUGAUUAUAGUAUUUAUUUUAAAUUAUAAUAACGUAAUAAUUUAUUUUUAUAUUAUGAAAA